UCCAAGUGGGUCUACUCGUGAGCUGCUGGACUUGCAGUAUCAAGAAUGUGGAAUAAAAGCUGAAGCUGCUCUCCAUCGGUGCCGACUGCCUCUGCUGGGCUCCGCACGGCAGCAUGUAGUCCGAGAGGAAGAGGAGGAGGAGGAGGAGGAAGAAGGAGAAGAGGAGGAGGAGGAAAAGCGUGUGUUCGAGUGAGACAGGAGAGAGGGAGUGUGUGUGCAGUCCUCCGAAGCGCGCAGUCGGCAGUCAGCAUCCAUGAACGCAACACUUUGACGUUUCCCCCUGGAACGUCUCGAGUAUUUUUUGGCUCCGGACGGAUUCUACCAAGUGCUCACAUCUUAACAGGUUUCAAGUGGCUUUGACAACGCGUCAUGCGCAUGCAGCCCGGCUCCAAAGCUUCUGCACUUACCUCCCCGUGGACACUUUUUUUUUUACUUCUUAUUUUUGGGAUUUAAAAAAAAAAGCGCACGUGGACUCGGAAGUUCUGUCGCUUGUUGAAGAUGUCGCCCGGCCGCCGCUCCACCUCCACCUGCAGGCUCCUCGCCGGCUCGCUGCUGCCUCUGCUGCCGCUACUUGCGCUGCUGCAGGCGGUGCCGCCCGCCGCCGCGCUCAUCACAGGCACAGAGGCCAGCUGUGAGAACGAAGGCGAGGUCCUGCACAUCCCCAACAUCACCGACAACCCUUGCAUCACCUGCGUCUGCCUGGAGGGCAAGGCCGACUGCAAGCAGGAGAAAUGUCCGCCGGUGCCCGAGGAUUGCGCCCUGGUGGUGAAACAAAGCGGCGCAUGCUGCGAGAGGUGUAAAGGUUGCAUGUUGGACGGACGAUCCUACAACAGCUCCGUUUCCUGGACCAGCGCCAUCAAGCCCUGCAUCACCCGACGCUGUCAGGAAGGCGUCAUCACAGAAGCAGAAGUGCAAUGUGUGGUCCACUGCAAGAACCCUAAGAUCCAUCCCAAAAAAUGCUGCCCCACCUGCCCCAGUUGCAUUUUCGAGGGACACCUGUACAAAGAAAAGGAGGAGUUCAGUCCGGAAGGCAAACCGUGCAUCAAGUGUACAUGCACUGGGGGACGCACUCUCUGCGUGAAGGAGGCCUGUCCUGUCCUUUCUUGUCCUGCUCACCUCAGCCACACCCCUCCCGGACAAUGCUGUCCCAAAUGUCUUGGUCAGCGGAAGGUGUUUGACUUGUCUCAGGGGAGUUGUCUGUUCCACAGCGAGGUCUUUGAGAACGCCACGUCCUUCGUGCAGGACAACUGCACCACGUGCACCUGCAAGGACUCCACCGUGGUGUGCACAAGGCGCUGCUCACGUCCGGGCAGUUGUCACGGAGACCACUGCUGUGACGACUGCUUGUCCUACGUGAAGGUGGAUGACGUCAAGUAUUGCAGAGUGCGCAACAAGAUCUACAGGGAAGGAGACAUGUGGUCGUCAGUGAACUGCACGCUGUGCGCAUGCGUGAAAGGCAACGUGGAGUGCCGGCCCAAACAGUGUGUGCCGAUCACCAGCUGCCCCUCAAACAAGAUCCUGAACCGGACCGGCUGCUGUCCAGUCUGCACUGAAAAGCCCGGCGUGUGCACCGUGUUUGGCGACCCGCACUACAACACCUUCGACGGGAGAACUUUUAACUUCCAGGGAACGUGUCAGUAUGUGUUGACCAGGGACUGUGGCGGCGGCGCUCGCGGCAACGCCGUCCUCAACAACGGCGACUCCAGCUUUACGGUGUUGGUGAAGAACAACGCCCGCCGCACCCGCUCCUUCUCCUGGACCCAAUCGGUGGAGGUGCAUCUAGGAGGGCUGGUGCUGGGCCUACAUCAGCACCUGACCGUGCGCAGGAACGGCACCCGCAUCGCGCUUCCCUACCACGGGCCCGGCGUGCACAUUGACCUAGACGGGUACCUCCUCAAGCUCACCACCAUCGUUGGUUUGGAGAUCACCUGGGAUGGCGACAGCUUCGUGGAGGUGGUGGCCGCCCCCCACCUGCGUGGGCGCCUCUGUGGCCUGUGCGGCAACUACAACGGGCACAAGCGCGACGACACCAUGGGCGGCGACGGCCACUUCAAGUUCGACGUGGACGAGUUCGCCGAGUCGUGGCGCGCGCUGGACGGCAACGAGCUGUGCGCCCAGCCGCCACCGCACCGCCGCCCCACCUCCUUCCUGUGCCCCGGCAGCGUCAAGGUCAAAUUCCGCGCCCAUCGCGAGUGUCAGAAGAUCAAGUCGUGGGAGUUCCAGAAGUGCCACCGCGUUGUCGACUUUGCUGCCUUCUACAGGUCGUGUGUGACGGAUAUGUGUGAGUGUCCAGUGCACAAGAACUGUUACUGCGAGUCCUUCAUCGCCUACAGCCGAGCGUGCGAGCGAGAGGGCGUCCCCGUCCUCUGGAGGCCGGACGCCGCCUGCAUGGCCACACAGUGCAAGCACGGCGCCGUGUACGACACGUGCGGGCCGGGCUGCACCAAAACCUGCGACAACUGGAACGAGAUCGGGCCGUGCCACAAGCCCUGCGUGGCCGGCUGCCACUGUCCCGCCAAUCUGGUUCUCUUCCAGGGCCGCUGCAUCAGACCCCUGGCCUGCCCCGGACGGUGACACAGGCGCCCGCUCAAGGACUUCUCGGACCUCCUCAUAACCCCUCAAUAAAAAAAUAAAAAAUAAAAAAAAACGCAUCUCGGACUUGAUGAGUUGCGGCAAAGGUACUCAAGGUCCAAGGAAUCCUUAUUGAACAAACACUCAGGAGAGGAAUUUUGCGGCAGGACGUUGUCAUCUCGGAACCUCACGGAACUCUCUCGAGUCGUGCUGAUCGUCUCCGAAGAGGACGAGGAGCUUUUUGUACUCGAAGCAAAAGCAGAUUUAUCAGGAGCGUUUCUACAAUUGUCAUGUGUUGAUACUGUUAAUUUAUAUAGCAAAGGUGGUAGCACAAGCAAGGUGGGCGCAGUGAAGAAAAUGACUUACAGUGAACCUCCGUCGAUCGCGGGGACGCAGUCCACACCCACACGCAAUUGGUAAAAACUUUUUAGAUGCGGUGUGUGAAAAGUCACAGUAAUGUUUUUUGCUUUACACGUUUUACCUUUUAAAAAAAGGGUAUUGGUCUUAUUAGGUAGAUGUAAUUAAAAAAUGAUGAAUAAUAAAAUUUAUCAAAAUUAUCACCCCCGCCCCCAACUUGAUGCACAAAUGAGCUGGCCCAUCUGCCCCCUUUAAAAAUCAAAUAAUGGCCCUUGAGCACAAAACACUUUUUUGUUUUGUUUUGUUUGUUUGCUUUUAUCUUUUCUACCAGAUGAUCGUUUACCAAUUUUUAGACAAGGGAGCAAUUUCAUAUGAUAGCCUAAUAAUUUCCAAAAUAAGUGUUUGAUGGCUUACUGCUUGCUCUCCAAUAGAGAAACUUAAUGAUGCCAUUUUAAAAUUAAAAAGCAAUAAAACAAAAAAUAUGUUUAAAAUGGCAGAUUGUCUAUUAUGUGGCCAUUUCAGCUGAAACUUUAGCAAACAAACAAGGCCUGAUGGUGACAUCAUAAUUAUUUGUUGUCAUGUACUUUUUGCCUGCAUUGUCAUCAAUGAGUAUGUUUUCAAUACUGUACAGUAUUUAUAUUAUUGUAAAAACGCGUACAAAAACAAUCGCUGUGCAGGGAUGUGCGUUGGGGCGACAUCAGCGGGGGUUCACUGUAAGAGGACAAAACAAAGAAAAAGCUAUUUAUGUUUAUGUGUUGUUUGUACUUUUGUGUGCCCAAAUGUGACUCGUGUGCUGUUGUUGUUCAAAAGUACUGUAGCGUCUUUGUGGGAAUUGUUCUACCCUCGUUAUUUAAGAGCCACAAUAUAAUCUUUUAUCCAAUG